UUUUGGUUAUAUGACAGUCCAUAUAAAAUUGCUUGUAACUGGAGAACGGAAUUUAUUUUGUGCAAUUCAAAGAGAACAUCAUGAUGCUUUCUACAUGGGCCAGUUUACUGGUAUGCUUAACGGUUGUUGCAGCUGUUGAGGACACUGUCCGUGAAUCAGAUGUACAACAUGUUGUGUCUCACCUACGAAGCCUCAUGCCCCUAUAUGAAACAGCACCAGAGCGGUUCAGGAGACAGGUACAGAGUGAAAAUGAGACAACUGAAAACCAACCACCACUACCACCACCGCCACCAUCACACAUGCAUUUUAAAGUCAACAAGUGCUGCAAGAAAAUGCCAAAAAUCAUGAACAUGAAAACAGUGAGAGAAUGUUUCAAAAGCAUCAGACCAGCACAACCACCAGGAGGUCCAGGUGGACCUCCUCCACCACCAGGAGGCCCUCCUCCUCCACCGCCAGCUACAGACAUGCCUGAAGAUGAGGAAUCUGUUGAUAAUGGUUCAACAGAUGUUGAAGCAGUGGAAGAUGCUGAUGGACAAAAUGCAGCAACCUCAGAACAACUACGGCACAUACCAGGCGGUAAAUCCUGUAAAGGUGGCAGGCAUCCUGGAGCUCACAGAAACAUCAUGGCAUGUGCCACGCAGUGUGCCUUUGAAAAGGAGAGUCUGAUACAAGAUGGCACAGUAGAUCAAGAGGCCUUUGCAGCAUAUGUAGAUAAGUACGUAGAAGAGAAAAAUGCUUUCACCUGGAAGGAUGCUCUAGAUGCAGCCCUCCAAAACUGCUCUGCUUCUGUCCCUGCAUCUGUUAACCAACAGCAAAACUGCACAUCUGGUGCAAUGGAGAUGCUGCACUGUAUGGACAGACAGAUAUUUGUGAACUGUCCAGAAUCCAACUGGAAAAGCAAUGAUGAAAAGUGUGAAGCCUGCCGUGCAGCACAAGAAAACUGUGGGUACAAAAGGGGACCCCAUAAAAGGGUUUAACCACAAUCAGAAAAUCAAACAGAAGUAUAGGAUUAAGGAAAGUCAACGUUGAGUGCACAACAUUACAAGAUGGAUACUGUUUAAUUACUGUGUUUUUAUCUUAAACGGAAUUGCAAAAUAAAAUUUAUUAAGAAUUAUAUUGAGUGUUCCUGAGGAAAGAAGCAAGUGGCCCGUUAAAUUAACAUGUAUCAUACGCUUUUAAACUCAUCUUCACCAUACAAAGAAAACAGUACAUGCAUUUCAAAAUGAGUAUUUAAAAAUUACUAAUUGUAAUAAUUAAAUAACAUAAAAUUAUACAAAAUUGACCCUGAUGUUCAUUACAACUUUCACUAGGCAUUAAUCAUUUGAAAUAAAAAAUUCAGUUCCUAUCUCAGAGGAAUCACACUGUGUCUCCAAUACCAAUACUAACAUCUGAUGCUGUUUAGAGAAAUAAUUAAUGGUUACUGUGAAAAAUUGUAUAAAGCACACAAAUACACUUUGUUAGGGCAAAAUACUAAGCUCUCAGAUCUUCAAGUUACAAUAAUCACUUGGCUUUAAAGAAUUAAAGGGAAUACUGACAUGACACACCUACCAAAACUUCCAAAAUGUAUCACAAAAUCGCACCAUCAUUUAUGUAGAUUAUAUCAUCAUUUAACUUCUGUUCUUCCUUCUUCAUGUCUUUUUAAUUUAAAUACAUUACACAUCUGUUACUCUCUGCUUGCUCAGGUUUCAAAUCCUUUAUCACCUUUUAUUCUGUGAAUAUCACAAUAUAACAAUCACAAAUAUAAAAUUACCAAGUUUACCAAAAAUUUUCCUUAUGUGACUAUACAAAGUGGUGUAUCACUACAGUUUAAAGUAACACUGUAUGAAUGUAUAAGGGGUGGGCAUUCUCAGCCCUUGCACCAUGACCUACAGUGGUGAGCUACCAUGCAAAGUGGUCUAUGAUGAAUAUGUGAAGCAAUUAGCACAUAAGUAUGAAAACAAGGUAACAACAUAACUUACUGAUGUACAAAUUGCCUUGCAAAUCUGAUCACACAGACUUCAAAUUGCUGUGUUACUAUUACAUCACCCUGUACAUUCAAGUACCUCAGUUUUGGAAAUUGGUAUGCCACUUCCAGGUUUAAACAUUUUAAUAAGUUCAGCUCUCAGGUUUACAAUAUAAACUGUCACUGUUUAAAAAUAUUUUUUCAAUUAAAAAAAA